UUAGACGGCUGCUAAAGCGACUCGUAUUUUAAAAGGAGCGACACUUAGUCUUAAUGAAACUUAAUAAUAACCAUAAAAAGUUGCAGAUAUGAGCUCGCUUCGGAGUUUUUAGAAUGAAAAUCGUUUCUGUUGCUGGACUAACAGAGAUUAACCACAUAUAAGAAGAUAUGGCAAAGAAUAAGUCUUCUGGAUUUAAGGGGCAAUAUGGAUAUCAAAAGAAGAAAGAUAUAGAACCCCGGAGCUGUAUUCGAUUCCGCUGCUCCUUGACCAACACUAUUCUUGAUGUCCUGAGACAAAGACCCAGCUGGGUAGAAGCAAAAGAGGAUGGUGAAUGGGACUUUUACUGGUGUGAUGUUGCUUGGCUUCGGGAGAAUUUUGACCACACUUACAUGGAUGAGCAUGUCCGUAUCUGCCAUUUCCGCAACCAUUAUGAGUUAACCCGAAAAAACCUGAUGGUAAAAAAUUUGAAAAGAUAUCGCAAGCUGCUGGAGCGUGAGGCAGGCAGGAUGGAGGCAGCUAAGUUUGACUUCUACCCCAGCACUUUUGAGCUUCCCUUUGAGUACCACCUGUUCGUUGAGGAAUUUAAAAGAAACCCUGGGAGUACAUGGAUAAUGAAACCGGUGGCUAGAUCACAAGGUAAAGGUAUCUUCCUUUUUCGAAAACUAAAAGAUAUCAUGGACUGGAAAAAGGAUGGAAAUAGAUUUGAAGACCAAAAAGAUGAGAUCCAAGUGGAAAGCUAUGUGGCUCAGAGGUAUAUUGAAAACCCUUACCUAAUUGGAGGCAGGAAGUUUGACCUGAGGGUGUAUGUGUUAGUAACUUCAUAUACUCCACUCAAGGCUUGGCUAUACCGAGAUGGAUUUGCACGCUUCUCAAAUACUCGCUUCUCCCUCAGUAGUAUUGAUGAUAACUAUGUCCACCUGACUAAUGUAGCAAUACAGAAAACUGCCCCAGACUAUGAUCCUGAAAAGGGCUGCAAGUGGCAAAUGCAACAAUUGCGCCGUUAUCUCAUUGCAAAACAUGGUGUAGACAUUAUAGAAAUGCUCUUUAGGGACAUGGAUGCUAUCUUUGUGAGGAGUCUUCAGAGUGUUCAAAAGGUUAUUAUUAAUGACAAGCACUGCUUUGAGCUCUAUGGAUAUGACAUCCUACUGGACGAACAGCUAAAACCAUGGCUCAUUGAAGUAAAUGCUUCACCAUCACUAACUGCCAGCAGCCUAGAAGAUUACGACUUAAAGUGUCGUUUGCUAGAAGACACUUUACAUGUUGUGGAUAUGGAAGGAAGGUUAACUGGAAAAGAGAAGCAGGUUGGCGGUUUCGACCUGAUGUGGAAUGAUGGGCCAGUGUAUACAGAUGACUCAGACUAUAGGACAAACACACAUUUGGGUUGCAUGAAUGACAGAAACAAGCAACUUAAGCAGCUUUUCAAGUGCUCCCCAGGGCAGAAGAAGCUAUGACCAGCCUCAGAAUUAUUUCACAUUCAGUCUCUGUUUCAAUACAUAAUAUAGUAAACACUUUGUGGAUGACAGCUGAAGGUGUUGCUGUAUAAACCCAGGUGUUUCAUGAAGGUGCCCAUGUAUGCUGCAGUGAACUGGAGCUCCUUCACUGCCUCUGAUGGAAACAGCUUUCUUAAGGCCAAGUGGGUUUAAACUAAGUCCAAAAAAGUAGAGUAAUUCUUAAUGAAUUAACGUACAUACUGAAAGGGUGGAGUUUUUACAUAUACAGCAUGUACAUUUCUGUAAUAUUGUACGUAUGAACAUUUACUGUUCACUUAAUAUUCUGUAAUAAAUGAUUCCUUUUUUAGUCUUGUAUGACACUUUUCUUAAUGUGUUGAAAAUAAGUGUUAAUUUAUAUAUAACACUUCUAGUUAAUCAACACCAAUACAUUUAAAAAUCCACCUGUUAUUUAGUGAUAUAUUUUUAAAGUCUAAGUGCUUAUUUAAAACUUCUAAUUUUAAAUUGGUACCUUUUUACAGCUUAAUAAGUCCAUUGUCAAUGUAAUAAGCUGCAUCCAUACAUCCAACAUAAAUAAAACUUUAAGAAUUAUUGAAUUAUUCAUCUGUUGUUCAUCUUUUGCUAGUUAUCUCAGAAAGAAGAGAUGUUCUGAGUAUUUUGAAAAACAACAGAAUAUCGAACCAAUACAUUUUUAAAAGUUCCAAACUAAAAUAUUUGACUAAUUUUAAGACUCAAGACUGUAGUGGUAUACCAUUGCAAACAAUGCUAGCAAGAAUAUCAGGCAAAUAUAACCAAUCUGCAUUUUCAUAUUAAUAAAAAAAUAGCCAUUCUGUAAUUGAUGUGUUGGUUGUUUCCCUCUCAAGUAUUUGUGCCCAAAUACUUAAACUGGCAUUGAUUUCAGAAAAAAAAA